AUGAGUCGUUUACUUGUUUUCAAGCCAAAUGUUCAACAUUCUUAUUGUCAACGAUCAAAUUUAGAGCUUGUUUAUCAAAAACUAUUGAAUGAAAACUUGGAUGUUAGCUGGAUUAGUGACGAAGAAAUCUUUCAAAUUGUAUCACCAACAGAUAAUUUUUAUAUUAUUGAACCAUUCUCUGGACCGACAUUUCAACAUUUAAAAAAUAUUAACGUGCAUGUUUUUGGUCCACCUUGUAUCUUGGGUUCUCUAUCGUCUGACACAAGUAUACCAGUUGUAAAUUAUCCAAUUUAUGCUGUUUCAAUGAGAAAUAUGUUCAUAACAACUAGUGGUGUUAAGAAACAAAUUCGAGAGGAUAUAUUUCAGAAAAUUCAAUUAAUGGGUGGUAAAACAGAUAAUCAAUUUGUUGAAAUUACUACACAUCUUGUGUGUGACAUUAGUGGAACAGAAAAAUAUUUGACUGCUGUUGAACGUAAUAUUCCCAUCUAUACAUCUGAUUGGAUUAUUGAAGUUUGGAAUAUGUGUCAGAAAAACAUAUGUUGGGCUCAAGAUGAACAAUUUAAUAAAUAUAAAUGUCCAUUAUUCAAAAGUCUCUUUUUUACAACAACUGGAAUAUCGAGCCAAGAUCGUUUAAAUAUUCAAUCAAAAAUAGAACAGAAUGGUGGAAAGUUUACACCACAUUUAACGAGCGAAUGUACACAUUUAUUAUGUGAAAAACCAGAAGGUGAAAAAUAUACAUUUGCUAAACAACGUCAUCUUCGGAUUGUAAAAUGUCAGUGGUUGUUUGAUUGCGUCAAUAAAAAACGAUUUAUGAAUGAAAAAGAUUACAUUGUUUCUGAUAAUGAACGCUUAAAAACACUAACAUCCAAUUCAAGUCCUGCUGAACAAAAUCGUCUUACGAAACAACUGAAUACGAAUGAUAUUGGUUUAAGCUCAAUAAGUCCUUAUGAUAAUUUAUCUGAUACAUUAUCAAUAAACAAUAAUCUUUAUUCAACAGCAACAACAUUGACAACAAUGACCGUUCAAACUCAACAAUCUCAUUUGGCUACACAACCGUCCUCUGCUCUAAAUUCAGAUAUCACUAUUACAACAAACAGCAUUUUACCUUCGAACAACACAAGUCUAACCGAUACAACUGAGAAAGCUACAAUAACAGUGGUAAAACAAGUACAAUCGACGGCAGCAAACACAACAAUAUCAAAACCAUUCUUCAGUUUAUCGUUUAUAUUGUUAAAUUUCAGUCAAAAAUAUGAUAUUGAUCGGUUACAUAAAAUUAUUGCUGAUAAUGGUGGUUGCGUAUGUGAAGAUAAACAUGAAUCAUUCAAUUAUUGUGUAUGUCCACUGACACUAACAUCGUUUGAUAGACAAUUAGUUGAAGAUAUUAUUUACGGAAAAAUGGUCACAACCUAUUGGAUAUUUUCAUGUAUUGAAUCUAAACAAUUACUAUCAUUGAAGAUACAUUUUCUUUACCGACCAUUUUGUUUAAAUGAUAAAAUUCAACGAAAAGAAUUUCAAUUAAAAGAUUGCGUUAUUUCAAUUAGUGGUUUUAACGGUAUGGAAAAGAAUAGCUUAGCGUAUCUUUGUCAAGAGGUGUUGGGCGCUCAUAUGCAAGACGCAUUUGUGCGAAAAGAUGUUAAAACAUACAAGGGCAAUACUCAUUUAAUAUCAAAAGAACCAAAAGGUCAAAAAUAUCAGGCAGCAGUAAAUUGGAAUAUACCAACUGUUGUCUCUGAAUGGUUAUUUGAUAUAUGUUUAAAUGGACAAAAAGCAAAUGAACAAAAUUACCAAAUUAAACAAUGGACAGAAGAGAAAAAAGUCGAAUUUAUUAACAAGUAUAAUCAACAACAGGCAGACAUGCUUAAUGAACACCAACAACAGCAACAACAAAUUUUUGACAUUGUUCCACUACAAACAAAUAGUAAGAUAACUGUCAUACCGUGUGAUGAACGACAAUUAGAGCAGUUUGAAGAAGAAAAUAAUAAUCCGAUUGACAUGUCCGUAACAACAGUAUCAACAACGUCUCACGUUUUCGCCAAAACUUCAUCAUACGACAAACUGUGGCAAAAAUAUUUGCAGACGUAUCGCGAUAAUCUAGAAACGUCAGAAGACCAAAAAAGAGAGUCAUCACCAAAACCAUUAACUCCACUUAAUGCCGUCGGUCAACGAGUAAUUCAUCAAGCGAUUGGAAAAUUGAAAGAUAUGGAUAUAGAAAAUAAUAAUAGUAACGACGAUGAAAAUACAUCAUGCGAUUCACAAUUACAAUUUUAUAGCGUCGACAAUGGACAAAAUACGGAUCAAUAUCAAAUGAAAAAUAGUAAUAAACCAUUGCAAAAUAUUAUUAUUUAUGUUAGUAAAAAAUUAGCAAAAAAUAAAUUCAGUUUACAUGCACAAUGUACCGUACUUGGCGGGAAAUUCGUAUGGAUACCUCAUGAAAAAUUUACACAUUUUAUAUUUCAGGGAAAAUUAUCCGAAAUACAAAAAGAAUAUAAAAAAGUUGAAGAAUAUAAAGCAUUUUGUGUUUCACCAUAUUGGCUACAAGCCUGUGAAGACACUGGACAACAUGUACCUGAAAAUUUGUAUUUAUGUAAUUAUAAUCCAAAUCGGUCAUUGACAUUUUGUCAAAAUGAAGCACAAGCGUGUGAUAUUGAUCUACCAUCUACGCCAACAACAUUAAUAAAUACAAAAACAACAACAUCAUUGCAAAUAUCUAGCACGCAACGUCUUCCUAAUAUAUCUAAUCGUACGUCCACCAUCUAUUCAAAACGUUCAGUCAAUCUUAUAACACCAAGACCGAUACAAAAAACUCGAUCACAUGAUGUUUCUACGAAACAUUCUUCACAAUUAUUAUCAACGCCUCAUUUACUAUUAGAAGAAAAACCAUCAUUCAUGGAUAUAUUGAAACUGAAAGAUGAAAAAAGAAGCGGAGAAGUGUCGAGUUUAAAUAAUCAACAGCAAGAUGAUGAUGAUGCCGCAUUUUCUGAACAACUUUUAAAUGAUUUACAAUCAUCUGUAGCAAAAUUAAUGAGUACAGCACCAACAGCGAAUAAUAGUGUUCGUGUAAAAAUCAAUACAACAGUCAUAGAUGACGCCUUACAAACAAAAACAAAAGUACCCCAUCAUCAUCAUUUAUUAUCACGCGGGCGUACGAGAAAUUCUAGUUAUAAUUCAAAUAGUCACGAUAUGAGUAGUGAAAAUAAACAUCCAUGUGAUUCCAUACGAAUUGAAUGGCUUGAUGAAACAGCUCGUGCUGAGCGAAAAAAGAUCAAUGAUGAAAUUGAAAAUGAACAACGUGUAAAAUAUGAUAGUAAUAGUAAAACAAAACAAGUUUCUAUAAAUAAACGAGGAUAUGAAGCAACAACAACGACGACUAAUACAGCACAUCAGUUAACUCCUCUAACACCGACAGCAUCAUCGGUAGCAAAGAAAACUCGAUCAUAA